UUGGAAACUUAUCUUAGAAUGGCCAAUAUUCCUUAUAUAAAUGAUGAAACUAUGAAAAAGUCGAGUAAGAAGAAAACACCCUGGAUAGAGUUGAACGGAAAGUGUGUGGCAGAUUCUAGUUUUAUUCUAGAAUAUCUAAAUACUAACUACUGUGUAGAUUUGAACAUGUCACUAUCUGUCGAACAACAAGCAAUAGGCCGGGGAUUCUGUAAGAUGGUUGACGAACACUUGUAUUGGACAAUGGUGAUGUCGAGGUGGUAUCACGACUUUCACCAACGGUUGUAUCCCCUGUUCAAGAGGGCAGUCUAUAAUCAGGGCUGGGCCCAAGGGGUCGGGCGUCACACGCGAGAGGAAAAUAAUCACCUGAUGUAUGGAGAUUUGAAAGCUCUUUCUGAUUAUUUGGGAAAGAAGAGAUAUUUAUUCGGCAAUCAGCCUUGUGAGGUGGACUGUGUGGUAUUCGGCCAAUUAUCCCAAUUCUGUUGGCACAUGCCAAAUUUACAUGGUGAACAACUCCUUCAUGAAACGUUCCCUAAUCUAAGGGACUAUUGCUUCAGAAUGAAAAAAGCGUUUUGGCCUGAUCUAGGCCUAGGUGCCAAGAGUAAAUGUCAAAAACAAACCUGA